AUGAGUUUCCACUACUUGCAAUGCGCGGUGAAGGAAACCCUCCGACUUCACCCGCCAGAUCCGCUGCUCAUCCUGCACGAGUCGAUGGAAGGCUGCAGCGUUGGAGAAUAUUUCAUUCCGCCAAAGACGAGGCUUUUUGUGAAUUUGUGGGCGAUUGGAAGGGACGAAAGCCUUUGGGAAGAUGCUCAUCAGUUUAAUCCCGAGCGGUUCAUAGGCAUUAAUAAGGAUGUGAGAGGUUACGACUUCGAUUUUACGCCCUUUGGAGCAGGAAGGAGAGGAUGCCCUGGGAUUAGCAUGGGUCUUUCUAUUUGUGAGUUCGCACUCGCUCAGCUGGUUCACUACUUUGACUGGACUGUGGAGGGCGAGGUUGAUAUGGCGGAAGAGUUUGGAAUAACUGUUACCAGAAAACAUCCGCUGUUUGCCUGCCCUAAAUGGAGGCUCACUAGUGAAUAUCCUAGUUAA